AUGCCCGCGUGGGAAUCUGAACUUGUCUCCUUACGAACUACUUUUCGGAAGACCCUCCCCGUAUAUAGCACGCAAUUUCCCCCAUCCGAACUAGAAGUAGCCGAGUCUGAAUUGACCAAAUAUAUAAUGCAGCUCCAGAAGCAACUCAUUGUUCUCCACAGAUAUGCAGCAGCGAGCCAGAACAUACCCCUCGACGAGAACAUCCAUCCGUUCCGACCAGGAGACUGGAUAUUGGCAAAGGCUUACCAGAAAGUACCCCUACAACCUACCUGGGAAGGACCUUACCAGGUCCUUCUCACAACCCCCACCUCCGUCAAAGUAGCGGAGAAGUCGGCCUGGCUGCAUCACACCCGCUGCAAACCUGCUUCACCACCUGAUCCUACCGACGACGACGCACCCUACUCCACUCCCCCACAACCGGCAGAGGACGACGCCGACAUAGAGGUAACCCAACAGACUGGACCAGAUCGGGGCACGAAUCGGGCCCAACAGACCGGACCAGAUCGGGGCACGAAUCGGGCCCAACAGACCGGACCAGAUCGGGGCACGCAUAAAGCCCUACAGACCGGACCUGCUUCAACGUCAGCGCCGACCCAUUGGACCUCCGAAAUCGUCCCAACAACGGGCAACCAAGAGCACCCACCGAUCCGCCUCCGACUCCGAAAGACAUCACAACGCGCCGUUUGA